AUGGCGGCGGACUUCGUGGGAUAUACCGUCCUCGUUACGCUCAAAUCACCCCCAAAUUCUCAGGUUCAAGGCGUGGUCGCUGAUGUUGCAGGACAGCGACUUACGCUUCAGAAUGUAACGCUUCUAUGGAGUGGGCAGCAUAUUCCACUGUACCAUAUUGACGCGCCGGGAAUCGCUGACCUAGAAUUGUCCUCCCACCAAAUACCGCACCCUCCGGCAACGAACAACUACGAAGCAACAGUUCAUACUCCCUUCCAGAAUGGCAGCACGUUACCCCCCCUACAGCAUCCAUCGCAACUUCCGCAUCAGAGGCAGGACAGUAUAGUUGAACCAAUGCUGAGGGAGCCUCAACCUCAAGGGUUUGUUGAUCCGGCGAUCCUAAGCUUCCAAAAGCCCCCUAAACACCACUCGUUUUCCGCCACGAGCGCCCCUCCAUUUACUGCCAAACGAGACGCUACUUCCCCAGUCAUGAUCGCUGAUUCGGAGCCUGCCACCCGUCCUAGUGAAAAGGUUAUGGUUCCUACCCCUGUAGCAGCCACGGGUCCAAACCGAACGGAUGUAGAGGAUGCCGCAGCAACACUCAGCGAACCGUUUAAUAAUAUGGGUUUCAACGGAACCGAAGGUUUGACGGAGGAUCAAGGUACGCAAGUGGGAAAGGGGGAAGAGGAUAUUCCGGAGGGUCGAAGAGGUGCAGGGCCUCUCGAAGUGCCACUCAAGUACACUGGAAAACGCAGUCGAAGGGGUGGAAGGAACAAGUUGAAUAAGGAUGCUGCUGUGCAAUCCUCCAUCGUUAACCCAAUAAUGGAGGACCCUACUGCUGCGACAACUACAACGAGGCCGAAUAUUCCGGGGAAGGGUUGGCGUCAGACAGCGUUUGUUGAACCUGCUCCAAAUCCAUCUCCACAAAAAUCCACUAAUGGACGGGCGAGACGGUCAAAAAUGCGGAGCAAGAAGUCAUAUGCGGAGGACCUGAGCGGAUGGGCAACUGAGGACGCAACGGAUAUCCAGGAGAUGGGGGACUUUGAUUUCGCCAGUAAUCUAUCCAAGUUUGAUAAACGUCGUGUUUUCGAUGAGAUUCGCAAUGAUGAUACCACAACUGGAGAAGAACGAUUGGUUAGCUUCAACAGAAGAGUUCACAGACCAGGGACAAAUGAGGGCAAGAAUUUACACUACACAGAAAAUGUACUUGAUGACGGUCCAUCGAACGAUAAAUGGAACAGUGAAGCAGGGGAAACAGACGAGGAUGAAGCCAGCGAUGAGCGUUUCAGCAGCGGUAGAAAUUCCGCGAGGGCUAGAUCGAGAGUAUCCGCUGCCCGUGCGCAAUCUCGAAAAGGGAGUGCGAUUCUCGGGUCGACUCUUGUGUCUUCCCAGAUCAGCUCCUUAUCUCGUGGCCAAAAGACAUCGUCUCGUACCGAAAGCCCGCAGCCACACAAGAGUUCUCCGUUAAUUGGACCCACCUCAUCAUCAACUGCUUCUCUGUUGCUCACAACAACAAAACGGCAAUGUCCCUGUGUCGGUCCACUUCAAAUGAUUGAGAUAGAGCAGUUGGCCAUUGCGGAGCUUGGCUUGGGAGAAGACAUCAUUACAGAAAACGCUGGACGAGGUAUUGCUGAGGCUGCAGUUUCUCAAGUUUCCAAACUUGCAAAUUCCUCUACGAUAUUAGUUUUAGCUGGGAAUCAUCGAACCGGUAGUCGGGCUAUAUGUGCCGCUCGACAUUUCCGUAAUCGGGGAUAUCGAAUAACCCUAUGUGUCCUUGGCCUGGAUCGUGAAGACGAGUUCAUGGACGGUGUACGAAAGCAGAUUGAUAUUUUCAAGAAGGCGACCGGGAGAGUCAUGAGAUGGGAGGAACUAUCAGCGCGAUUGACCUCUGGUGACUACGCACCUUAUCUUGUGAUAGAUGCGCUAUUUGGUGUUCAUAUAGCUUUUGACGACCUACGAACUGACGACCAAGCGACCGCCUUCGAAAUGAUAUCGUGGGCUAAUCGCAGCAAUGUUGAAAUUCUGUCCGUAGAUGUCCCAUCCGGGCUUUCUGCUGUAUCAGGCGAAGCAACCGUCGUCCAAGGCUCACGAUUGAGUGUCAAUUCAAAAUUUAUUGUAUGUCUAGCAGCGCCAAAAACGGGGCUCAUUCAUGCCCUUGGCUCCGGCGAAGGGCUAGCCUGGAACAUCACCGUCGCGGAUAUUGGUAUCAGCCAGGUUGUAUGGAGGAAAUAUGGUAGCCGACGGCGAUAUGGUGUUGACUUUGGGAAUCAAUGGGUGGUUCCUCUACGAUUCCAGCCACCAACGCCCUGA